ACCGCCUAGUCUACUACUCGAAUAUCUAUCCCACAUAAGCAAAGAAAAUUGUAUAUUCGAUAAAGUUUUACCCGUCUAUCAUUGCUAAGUAUGUCCUUAAAUUUGCUAAAAUACAUUUUAAAACCUUUUAUAUCCAUUUACUAUACACUCAACAAUUCUACAAUGGACAGCUUAUAAUUAUCGCUUCCCUUUUCCAUAGAUGCACCAAAUUGCCCAAAAAGACUCUCAAAUUUGAGUAAAGUAAAAGUACCAAUACCAAUUGCCCCAAUUCUUGCCGCCGGGAAGACGGUCAAAUGCUGCAAAAAUGGAAGAUUUGUGCCUUUGUGGGCUGUUCUUGUGAAUGGAAGAUCUUCCUGUUGAAGUAAUUGGUAAAAUAUUGUCUAAACUUGGGGCUGUUAGAGAUGUGGUGCUUGCAUCUGCUACAUGUAGAAAAUGGCUAGAGGCUUGGAGGAAUCAUAUGCAUUCGCUCUCGUUCAAUUCGAAUGAUUGGCCUGUUUACCAUGAUAGAUUGCCCGGAAGGCUAGAAAUCAUUAUCACUCAAAUUAUCUUUCAAACACUAGGUCUUCGAUGUCUAUCGAUUGUUAUGGAUGAUGAUGACGAGUUUUCAGCCGCCCCUGUGAUUGCUUGGCUGUUGUACACCCGAAACUCGUUGAGUGAACUCUGCUAUAAUAUUAGGACAACCCCAAAUGUGAAUGUUUUAGAGCGAUGUGGUCGACAUAAGCUUGAGAUUUUGACAUUAGCUCAUAACUUUAUUGCUGGUGUUGAGCCUAGUUACAUGAAGUUCCCUCAAUUGAGGUCACUUUCAUUGAGUUAUGUUAGCAUCUCGGCAUUGGACUUGAGUUUGCUUCUUGUUGUUUGUCCUAAGCUCGAAGUGUUAAGGCUCGUUAACAAUGAUAUUUCCAUAUCGGAUGCUCAUUCAUCAUUGGAGCUUGUCAGUAGUUCAUUAAAAGAUGUUUAUAUCGAGGACAUGCGCAUGGACAAAGUUAUGUUAAUGGCUGAUAAUAUUGAGAAAUUGCACUUGAAGGAUAGUACCUUUGAAUGGUUUUUGCUUGUUGGGAAAGGGGGUUUGAGGAUACUUGAGAUCGACGAUGUUUGUGCUUUUCAUUUUGAUUUCGGUGAGAACACUGAAAAUCUUGAGGUGGUUGAUGUAAGCAACUUCACUAUUUUAUGGGCGGAAUUCUAUCGCAUGAUUUCGAGGGCACAAAACUUGAGGAAGCUUCGACUCUGGUGUGUUGAGUUUGAAGAUGAAGUUGUAGCUUUGGAGACCAUUGCUAUUUGCUUUCUACGAUUGCGAUAUCUAUCUUUGAGCUAUGAUUUAAGAGACACUAUGCUUCACUAUGGCUUUCAGGCGCGAUCUUUGAGCUAUGAUUUAAGAGACAUUGUGCUUCACUAUGGCUUUCCGAGGCAAUCUCCUCUAAAAAAUGUGGUUGUGUUGGAAUUGGGGUGGACAAAAAUCAAUGAUCUCUUCAUAGAAUGGUUGUCUAUGCUUGUGGAAAGAUGCCCUAGACUAGAGAAGUUGAUCAUCUACGGAGCUUUGUCAAGGGUUGUGGCACACGAGGAGUGCAAUGUUCUUGCUCGAUUUACCUCUUCCGUUGUAGAACUCAUGAGAAUUUAUUCACAUGUAGAUGUAGUAUUUAGUUUCGAUUGAAGCUUUCUAGCUCGUUGCUAAAUCACGAAAACAAGAAACGGACUUGUUUCUUCGGACAGAUUCUGAAAGCCCAUCAAGCGUUUUCCUGGUGAAUGUUCAUAUGUGCAUAGUUAGAUGUUGAGCAUGUUUUCUGGCUGAGUAUAUUCUGUAAACUGGACACUAUUUAACUAUGUCCUUGAGUAUUAAAAAGACAGGGUACGACUUGGAACAGAUUUCGGGUAUUCUUUGAAACCAGCUGCUCCUCGUCUAUGCUGAAAGCGUUGUAUUAGUAUCGAUUUCAUUAAUGAAACAUCAUUAAUCGACUCUUUGCAAUAGAAAAAGCAUAUACUAACUAAUUUUAUUUUGUUGGGUUUGAUGAAAUUAUCAGGCCAAGAUCAAGUCAAGCUGCAAGUAAACUCGAGCAGAUCACAAACGAGCGAAACAUUUACUCACAUUCGUGAAAACUAACUAGCAACUUAUUUUACGAUUUGUAAGCUUCGGGAAGGGAGGAAGAAACCUGUUAACAGCUUUUCUGAUACUAGAUUGUUUUUGCUUUGUACAACAGAAACACAGAACACUAAAUUUGUUUGUUUUUGCUUUGUCUAUAGUUAUAUCUAAAAGAAUCCUAAUACUAUUACCAAAAGCAUACUUAUAUCUGGGCUCAGG